AUGCCACCGAGAAGACUUGAAGGUCCCUUUGUGCUUGCUUCGCUUGCUGUGCUUGGCUUGGCUUGCUUGCGUGGUCUGCUUAUGGCCUUCGCGCAGUUUCGCGGGCCUGGCUUCCGCGCGGUGGUCACGGACGUCGAUGGGACCUUGAUGCCCUUCGGGACAAACGCCAAGCUCUCGAAGAAGAACCGGCAGGCCUUGCAGACGGCACGUGACCGAGGCUUGGAGGUGUGUGUGGCGACCGGCCGGAUUCCCGGGCCUUGGUACGAUGAGCUCCGGGCCCAGGUGCCACUUGGACCUGGUGUUUUUGCCAACGGUGCCCUGGUCCUCGAGGCGGGUCCAACAGGAGCACCGAAAAUCCUUGCUGCCGCCACAUUGCCCGCCAGCGCCGUCGCGACGGUUUUGCAGUGCACUUCUGGAGGUCGGUUUCGUGGGCUCCGCGUGUCGGUGUUGGCUGCCACAAUCUGGGAAGGCUCCCUGCGCUACCUGGAGCUGGCCCCUGAGGGCCCCACCUGGGCCACCGACCUCAUCCGAAGUGCCGGGGAGCCUGAGAUGGUCUUGAGGCCUUCCCUGGGCGAGCUGGAGGAAGUCUUCAAGUUUGUGGUGUUCACAUGUCCCCAAGACGAAGGCUGGGCGGCCAUGGCGGACGUCGUCGCGGCGCUUCGGGGAUCCUUGGCAGGUGGCGAUGCGACGAUUCUCGACUGCGGCUCCCGGCAAUGCGAGAUUCUGCCUCCUGGGGUGAACAAAGGCACCGGGGUCGCGAAGUUGCUGAAGGCGCUGAGCUUGGGCCUGGACUCGGCCGUGGCCUGUGGGGAUGCUGAGAAUGACGUGGAGAUGUUGAGGAUGGUGGGCCUGGGCAUCGCCAUGGGAGAUGCGAAGCCGGUGGCCAAGGCGGCUGCAGCCAUGGUCGUGGGCCCCAGUACGGAGGAUGGCGUUGCCGAGGCGGUUGCUGUCGCACUUGCCCAAUCGGUGGUGCACCUCAGCUAUGUGGACCCCUUGUCGGAAGUCGACGCCAUCAAGUUCUUCCUGAUGAGGAUAGACUCCCUGGGAGAUCCCAUCGUCUACAUGGUGGAGUCCUGCAUCUUCUUCAUGGGCGCGGUGUCAGUUUGGGUUCUGGGAACCUUUGGCUUGGCCAUGGCCAUCAUGAACCUGGUUUCCUUGCUCAUCUUCGUGCUCGGGAAUGGUUCGCUGUGGGUCAAGACCAGCCUGUUCGCGCCAGACAAGGACAUGCAGUGGACCCAGGACACCAGUAAGUGGGCCACCGAAGAUAUCAUGCUUGGCCUGAAGAAACGGAGCAACAAUCCACAGGUCGUGGCCUUUGUGAAGAAGUUCGGCGAGGUCGUCUUGAAAGACAUGAAAGAGGACGUGGUGGUUGAGGGCACGAAAGACAUGAAAGACGACGUGGUGGUUGAGGCGCAGACCUGA